AUGCAGCAUCUCCGAGUAAUUCUGUUCUGUGCUUUCUGUUCUGCUUUGUCGGCUGAGGACACCGACGACUAUAAUCUCAUGUACGUGAAUUUGGAUAACGAAAUAGAGAAUGGAAUACAUCCCACUGACGACAGCUCUUCGUGUGACUGUCGCCAGGAGCGCACGGCGUGGGAUCAGCUCUUCAUCAUGCUGGAGAACUCUCAGAUGCGCGAGAACAGACUGCUGCAGGCGGCCGAGGAAGUGUUGGCUGCUGAGCUGCGGGGUCUGCGCUCAGAUGUGGCCCGCACGUACGGCUCAGCCCAGGAGCCUGUCCGGUUAGCUAGGACUUUGGACGAGCUGCUGCUGGCCAGUCGCGGCCUGACGCACCGGCUGGCCAAGCUGGAGAGCGCCUGGCAGAGGGCUCCGGACACAACAGGGAACACGCUGCUGCCAGUGUUGGAGGAGCUGCGAGCCCUGCGGAGGUGGGCUGGACAGCGCUCGCUGCCUGCAGGUUGUGAUACAGCACUUUUAUUCCCAAUGCGUUCCAAGAAGAUUUUUGGCAGUGUUCAUCCAGUGACUGAAAUGAAACUUCGCUCCUUCAGUGCCUGUAUCUGGGUCAGGGCGACUGACGUGUUAAAUAAAACUGUCUUGUUCUCCUAUGGCACAAAGAGGAAUCCAUAUGAAAUCCAGCUCUACCUUAGCUCUUGGUCCACUGUGCUCGUGGUGGGUGGGGACCAGAACAAGCUUGUUGCCAACUCUGUGGUUCCCCUAGGAACAUGGACCUAUCUUUGUGGCACAUGGAACUCAGAGGAAGGGGUCACAUCCCUUUGGAUCAAUGGAGAACUGGCAGCCACUGGCUCUAGGAUGGCCACUGGUCACAUCAUCCCAGAGGGUGGGAUUCUGCAAAUUGGCCAAGAAAAGAAUGGUUGCUGUGUGGGUGGUGGCUUCGAUGAAACAUUGGCCUUCUCUGGAAGGCUCACUGGCUUCAACCUCUGGGACCGAGUUCUCAGCAGUGAUGAGAUCAGACAAACAGGAGGCGAUGACUCCUGUCACAUCAGGGGCAAUGUUGUUGGGUGGGGAGUUACAGAGAUUCAGGCACAUGGAGGAGCUCAGUAUAUUUCCUAA